AUGGCUACCACAACCAUGCCCAACCGGGGUGCCCCAUCAUAUUACGGUGCUGCCACCGAGUUUUAUCCCCUCGAACUUGAUCAGCCUACCACCGGCUUCAUGACAAGGUCACAGCGCCCGAACAACAGGGUCCCAAGAUCAGCUCCUCCAGGUUUUGACACUUCGCCUCUGCACCACAAGAAAAUGGGCGGCCCCUAUGAUCCAGCAACACUGAAUCGGCCAAGGAAGCUGUCGUCAACCGUAACGGUCACGCCAAUCAUCACGCCCAACAGCGACGACACCAGGUCGAGGAGUAUGCCGGGUCACGAACAGACCAGUGUCCCAGCAAAGCAUGCAACACCUUACACAGCAUGGCGGCCGGAGUUCCGACACCAGCAGAGUCCCGUUAGGACCGUUUUCAGGACGCACAAGAGACAGCCCGGCGAGCUAUUCGCCGCGCUGCCUGAGGAGGUCUUGGGCAUGGUCCUGGGCCAGCUGAAGGAGUCUCACCUAGGCAAAGGCAGCGAAAGCUGCGCGACGUGCUGGAUGAGAGACUUGUCCUCGAUAUCAGUGGCUUCGCGCAAAUGUCAUCAAGCGGCGAGGAUAGCAUUGUAUGACGACAUUCAAUUGAAUGGAACAGACUCGUCUGCCAUGAAGAAGCGACACAAAAUUGCCCACGGCGCCAGGCUGGUCCUUCUGCGCCGUACAUUGAGGGCCAACCCCGAGCUUGCUGCCAUUGUCCGCACACUGAAGGUGCCCAGCCAACCUAUCAGCUCCACUAAGGAAGAAUACCACAACCUCAUCGCCACCAUCGUUAUGGAGUGCCCCAAUUUCGAACGUCUCGUCGGCCUCCACCCUCGGUACGAUCACACCUUUAGUCGCCUCUUCCAUGCUCUUUCCACGCGGGUGAACCUGAAGCAGAUGGACUGGAUCAUCGACGCACCCGUGCUCCAGGCCCCGCAGCGCCCAGGAUCGCGCCCUGGCUCUAGUUCUGGCAAGUCAGCUGGCUUGAAAAUGGAGCGCAGGAUAGGGCCCCAUGGCGUGCUGGAGCCUACUGAGUGUGCAGCGUUUUUCGACUGCCAUGCCAACUGGAGCAACCUGAAGACCUUGUCCAUACACUGCCUCCCAGGAGCAACUCUUGCGCCUGGUGGUCUGAUUGUCAAGAUCCUGGGUCAGCUCCCCGCUCUAGAGCACUUGUAUCUCUCCAGGCUGUCGCAUGCCGCCUUCAACGACCAGACGCUCUCGGUGCUGCCGCCUCUGAAGACCCUUUCCCUUGCCCAUACCUCGGGCAUCACAAGCGCAGGCCUUUCUGCCUUUGCGACGUCGCAGGCUGCGCAGGGCAUGACGAGAUUGACUCUUCGUCACGUCAACCUCGACUCUCUGCCAGCAUUGGUCCGAAUCUUCUCAAACAUGCGUUAUCUAGAGGUCUUUUCUCUGGUCCAGACGUUCGCACCGACACUUCCCGAAGACACAAUGAUCUGGCUCAUGCCAUACCUCGCCUGUUCUUCGCUCCGCAGGCUGCAUUGGGACAUCACCAGCCACUCGGCUGCCGCAAGCGCUGCCGACGCCAUCCUCGCGCGCAGUAUCGCCGCGCACGGGUUCCCGUCUCUCGUGGCCUUGCGGGCCCCCACGGAUCCAGAGGGGAUAUUCCAGUCGCUCUGCCGGCCAGCCGAACGCGCCGAGAUUGCAAGCGAUCGCUUCCGCACCCCGGCGCAGAGUGCCGAAAGGCAGAACACGUUCCCCAUGGGACGAAGCAACACCCUCGCUUCGCUGACCAGCUCUAGUAGCAGUAGCAGCAUCAGCAGCGGUGCGAGCAUUGGGGGGAGGAGUCAGUCGCCGAUGACACCGAUGACGCCUCAGACGCCGUUGACGCCCUUCAGUCCAUCGGGCGGCAGCUUCCUCCGCGAGGCGAGCGAUCUGCGCGAGUCCCGCUUGGCGGCGCAGGGACGACUCGAGGCGGCGCGCAGUGCACCGCGGUUUGCGGUGCAGGUCGUCGACGAGGAGGGUUCUACGGUCGAGGACUAUGAGAUGGCAGGCUUCAUGGGUACGAUCGGCAGCCAGAUUCGCUACGACUCGAUGCCUGAUGCCGGUGCGCGGGACGAAAAGGGUGGACUCGUGGACAUGGACGAUGUCAUGGGCGAAUGCGGCGAGGACAUCAGCGAGCGUGAGGGCUGUUUCGGACGGUGGAACAUGAGCACGAGCGGUAACGUGGACCGCCGGGAGAAGGAGAAGUGGUGGCAUACGGAGAGGGGGCGAUGGACGAAUGUCGAGCUGGCUUGA